AUCUACCCACCCUCACUUUCCCACGUCACUAUGAGACUCCUAGCACGUUCAAUUGGUAGGCCGCAGAUAUCUGCCAGUCGCCAUGGCAUCGCGACUGCAUCGGGAAGGCGCCAUUUGACCAACAAUGGCUUCUUUCGUGUCUCGGAGGAGGUGCGCGAAGCUCUACACUCCAAAAAGCCCGUCGUCGCGCUGGAGACGACAAUCUACACUCAUGGCUUCCCAUAUCCUGAGAACGUAGCCCUCGCAUCCCUCCUCGAAAGCGUAGUCCGAACAAAUGGCGGCAUCCCAGCUACCAUUGGCAUUCUAGACGGUGUAGCACGUGUAGGCAUGGAUCCAGAAGAGCUGAUAAAACUGGCUUCUUCUGCUGGUAACCCAAACACGAUGAAGCUCUCGCGACGAGACCUCGGCUAUGUAUGCGGUAUGCGACUGACUGAUAAGUCCUUCAAUGGCGGUACAACUAUAUCAGGCACUAUGCUGCUCGCUCACCUCGCUGGCAUCAAGAUCUUUGGAACAGGUGGCCUUGGUGGAGUUCAUCGCGGCGCCGAGUCGAGCAUGGAUAUUUCUGCCGAUUUGACAGAGCUCGGCAGGACUCCGGUCACCGUUAUCUCUAGUGGCUGCAAGAGCUUCCUCGACAUACCACGGACGAUAGAAUAUCUCGAGACUGAAGGCGUAGGUGUAGGCACCUUCGCCGAUGGACGACAAGGCAAUGUAGACUUCCCUGCUUUCUGGUCAAGAGACAGUGGAGUCAAGAGUCCGACGACCAUUGCGGAUGAGAUCGAGGCGGCUGCUGUUAUAUAUGCGCAACACGCACUUCAAAUCUCAUCUGGUCUCCUCUUCGCCAACCCUGUUCCUACCGAUUUCGCUAUACCCAAAGAUGAAAUGGACGUAAUCAUUGCCGAGGCCCUGAAACAAGCCGAAGCAGCCAACAUCUCUGGCAAAGAUAAUACGCCUUUUGUACUUGCUAAGAUCAAAGAGCUCAGCAAGGGCAAGAGCAUACCCGCCAACAGAGCUCUCAUAGAAUCGAACGUGAGGCGCGCGACUAUUGUAGCACGAGAGCUUGCUAUCCUCGAAGCGAAGCAGGAACAAGCCCAGGGACAAAACUCCUCUUACUUCACUCCCGUUCAGUCCAGUUCCGCGUCUAGUGCAACCUCAUCACCUUCUGAGCCUCCAUCUACUCCUGCUACGUCAAUCUCCUCUAAAAAUGAGUCUCAAAAAGCCCCGGAUGUAGUCGUUGCAGGUGCUCUUGCGGUAGACUUCUCAUGUGACUAUGCUCCGUUUACAGCCUCUACGAGCCAAACCGAUCCACUACCUCAUACCUCAAACCCAGCAGUCAUCACCCAAACGCUCGGAGGCGUGGCCCACAACAUCGCAAAAGCCUCUCACCUCCUCGGCUCAUUCGUCCGUCUCCACAGUGCGGUAGGUGACGACCUAAGUGGCCGCGCAGCAAUCAGCCAGCUACAAGAAGAAGGCAUGUCAACAUCCGGCAUCAAAACCCUCCCAGCCCCAUCCCGAACAGCCCAAUACGUCGCCAUCAACAACACCAACAAAGACCUCGCCCUCGCCAUGGCAGACAUGUCGAUCCUAGAAACCAUCCCCAUCGAAACCAUCCAGAACCUCGCGACCAGCAUCUUCUCCCCCACCUCCGCCCGCCCCAAAGCCUUCGUCACAGACGCAAACUGGUCGUCCCCCGCCCUACACACCUGGCUCCAAGCUGCCCGGCACCCGGAAACAACCACAAUCUUCGAGCCUGUUUCCACAGCAAAGGCGCUGCGUAUAUUCCCUUCCACCUCCAGCACCACGGCUUCAGCAUCCAUCUACCCCACCCCCCUCGUCGACAUCAUCACACCAAAUACCUACGAACUCACCGCUCUCCACGACUUCGCUGCACACUCUUCUCUCUUCGAGUCACCGGAAUGGUUCGGUGUGAUUGAUGCGCUGGGUAUACCCAAUGGCGGGUUGAGAGUUCCUCUAGCAGUUACCGUGGGCGGUGAACUGGUCGACCAAGGCAUCCCGCAACAAACCAUCAAACUCCUCCCUUUCUUCACUACUAUCCUGACGAAAUUGGGGAGCAAGGGCGUGUUGAUGACGAAGUUGCUAGAGGCUGAUGCGGAGGAAUUGAGGGAUGAGAAAGAGAGGCAGUAUGUGCUUGCUAGGAACAUGUCGGCGUCGGCUGGUGAGGGCAAGGGCGUUGGGGGUCUCUACAUAAGACUGUUCCCUGUGGAGAAGGUGCUAGAGCCCAGUGAGGUAGUUAGUGUAAACGGCAUAGGCGACACAUUCUGUGGUGCUGUUGCACAUGGACUCGGGAGGGGGAUGAAGGUUAAGGAUGUUGUGGGGUUUGCGCAAAGGGCUGCAGGGGAGAGUUUGAGGAGUAGGGAGGCGGUUGGGGAGGGGUUGAGGGGGUUGAAGCUGUAGACUUUUCGUGUUACUGUGAACAUAGCCGCGCUGGCAUGCACAUCUUAGCUAUCAUGUUACCGCCACUUCGAGUAUACACGCUGUCAAAACUUACAUGCCCUGCAAAUGGCUGAAUCUGUGGAUUACUGAUACUGCACGGCAGCCAUGGCGGCUGAGCUGAACCCGCUAGAUACAUGCAGGGGCUAGCUUCAAAAAAAAGCCGCCGACGGUACUAACCGUUGCCGUUGCAUAUCCCCAUGGAUAUGCUCCGCGUAAGUUUAGAUGAACUUGG